AUUUGGUUCUGAAACCCACCACUGGGGCUUGGAUCAUAGAUGUUCAAUUUUCUUCAAUGGAUUUACGCAGACUGGCGUAGGUCGUGAAAAAACGAGUCAAUUCUCGACUGUAUCUAGUAACGUACAAACGUAGUAUCGCUACUGCCUACACAUACCCGUAUCCCGGUCGUCAGUUGUAAUGGACUCGCUUUCAUUCUCACCACAUCCACCACGGUAGUAACCUACAGCGUGGUCCUGAUCGAUGUUUAACGCCGUGAUAAAAAAAAACGCUGUCGUUUUUAAUACAUACGCUUAAAGAGAUUAGCUCUCGUAACAUUAUUGUACAUAACGCGUAGAAUUGGUUGGAUUUGGAAAGUUGAUUGCUGCAAUUCAAGUGACUUGCUUUCUCGGCUCAGGCAAUCCCCGUCAUGACCUCACUACGCUUCCAAUGCAUUGAAUGGGAUUUCACAGCAGUCAUAGCACUGCCCUGUCUACUGUGAACCGUGGGUGAAAUCGGUCAUUAUUUGAGCCUUCUUCGAUGACGGUCUGAGUGAAUAUUUUCUCUGGUUCACUCUCAGGAGACACCAGACUACACGUUUGUUUGUCAAAGAACCAACAGCAAGACUUUGGCCCUCCACAAGGCGCAGCGAUGGGGGGAAACAAGAGCAAGCCCAAGGACUCAGGCCAGCGGUCACGGAGCCUGGAUGGCGAGAUCAGCCCGGGCGGCGGCCACCACCUCGGCCCCGGCCAGCACGCCCUCGCGCCCAGCCGCAGCCCCGCCGCGGAGCACAACCGCCACGGCAGCCAGGCCGUCGCCAACAACGCCGGGCCGUCGCUGUUCGGAGGGGUGGACCCCAUGGGCGGAGUCACCUCCCUAAACAGAGGGGGACCCCUGGCAGGCGGUGUCACCACGUUUGUCGCGCUCUACGACUACGAGUCCCGCACAGCUUCUGAUCUGUCUUUCAAGAAGGGCGAGCGACUGCAGAUCGUCAACAACACGAGAAAGUUGAACUGCAGGGAAGGGGACUGGUGGCUGGCUCGCUCCCUGACUUCAGGAGAAAGCGGUUACAUUCCGAGCAACUACGUUGCUCCGUCAGACUCCAUCCAAGCGGAAGAGUGGUAUUUUGGGAAGAUCACGCGGCGGGACUCUGAGAGGCUGCUGCUCAACCUGGAGAACAGGAGAGGGACCUUCCUGGUGCGAGAGAGCGAGACGACCAAGGGGGCCUACUGCCUCUCAGUCCUAGACUAUGACAACAGCAAAGGCCUCAACGUCAAGCACUACAAGAUCCGCAAGCUGGACAGUGGAGGCUUCUACAUCACGUCCCGCACGCAGUUUAACAACCUGCAGCAGCUGGUGGGGCACUAUCGCAAGCUCGCUGACGGGCUGUGCCACUGCCUGACGGAGGUGUGCCCCGUGCUGAAGCCUCAGACCCAGGGCCUGGCCCGGGACGCCUGGGAGAUCCCCCGCGAUUCCCUGCGGCUGGACGUCAAGCUGGGGCAGGGCUGCUUCGGCGAGGUCUGGAUGGGAACCUGGAACGGCACGACGCGGGUGGCCAUUAAGACGCUGAAAACCGGCACCAUGUCGCCAGAGGCCUUCCUGCAGGAGGCGCAAGUGAUGAAGAAACUUCGACACGAGAAGCUGGUGCAGCUGUACGCCGUGGUGUCUGAGGAGCCCAUCUACAUCGUCACAGAGUACAUGAGCCAAGGUAGCCUUCUGGAUUUCCUGAAAGGGGACAUGGGGAAGAUGCUGAGACUGCCCCAGCUGGUGGACAUGGCCUCGCAGAUUGCCUCAGGUAUGGCCUACGUGGAGCGGAUGAACUACGUCCACAGGGACCUCAGGGCCGCCAACAUCCUGGUGGGAGACAACCUGGUGUGCAAAGUGGCUGACUUCGGCCUGGCCCGGCUCAUCGAGGACAAUGAGUACACUGCCAGACAGGGAGCCAAGUUCCCCAUAAAGUGGACCGCCCCCGAGGCGGCGCUCUAUGGCCGCUUCACCAUCAAGUCCGACGUCUGGUCCUUCGGAGUGCUGCUGACCGAAUUGGCUACCAAAGGCAGAGUUCCAUACCCAGGCAUGGUGAACCGGGAGGUGCUGGACCAGGUGGAGCGGGGCUAUCGCAUGCCCUGCCCAGCGGAGUGCCCUGAUUCGCUGCACGAGCUCAUGCUCACCUGCUGGCGCAAAGAGGCGGAGGAGAGGCCCACCUUCGAGUACCUGCAGGGCUUCCUGGAGGACUACUUCACAUCCACCGAGCCCCAGUACCAGCCAGGGGAGAACCUCUAGGGCUCUUCGCGGUCUGGGGAAGGGGGGCAGUAGGCACGGGGCUGGGUAGUGGUGGUGGUGGUGGUGGUGCGGUAAGCCGGGUGCUAACAGCAAACGGCUAACCGCUAACAACCAAGCUCUUCUCCCUUGCUAAUGCCCUACCCCCUGCCCCAACAGACCCGCCAUCUUAGUGCUUCUUCCCCAGCAAGCCACUGCCAAAGGGACUCUCACCCCAACAGCCCUGCUCUCCCUCUCCCUCUCCCCUCCCAGGUCCCCCGUCCAUUCCUUUCCCCCUCUCUUUCUGUACCCUAGACCACCCCUUCCUCUCAAUGUCUCUGUGUCAGGGGCAGUGAAGCAAUAGCGACGCCGGUGUUUGGUAUGACCUCAGCCCCUGUGCGCGAGGGUCGUUCCUUGUUUUUUUUUCUACUUCUUUUUUUCACAAGUUUUGAUUUCAGGUCGAUUGGUGAGAACAGAGACUAAAUGGGAGGGAGGUGAAUGUCUCCCCAGGGCUGAAAAUUACAUGCUCUUCCUUAAGAAACCGACCUCUGCACUGCUCCUGGCUAGCCUCUUUAGCGAGGCCUCUUUCCUGAGGGAAGUCAGAGGUCAUUCGCUAACCCUUCCACCCUGAGGGGCGAGUGGAAAUUUUUCUCCCUAAUCACCGCUGACCGCUUUCCCUGAUCGCCACUGACUCUCAAACCAGUUUCAUCUGGGAGAGUGAGAAGUACAGUUUUAAGUUUCUGGUUCUGCUUUUUUUUUUUUUCUCCUGGUUUAACUGGAAUCGUACACGUGCUGUGACCAGACGUGGCGGAUAUUUUAUCUGUCAGAGACUCUGUUCGUGCCCAUGGGCAACGCAGCGUCACUAAAUGGAGCAAAGGACCAGGGUGUGGGUGGGUGGGUGGGGCUGUGCAGAAAACAGAGCUUCCAGAAAACCAGGACACGGUUACUGAUGAUGACACCACAAGCUGCUUAACAACAGGAGUGAAACAUCUAAACUUUUAUUUAAACCCGCCUGUAGGACUUCUGACGAAAACAAAGCAAAAUAACAAAAAAAAAACUACUGAUUUUCCAGUCCUUUUGUACUGGGCCAAGAAUCCUGCUGCGAAUAUUUUGUGCCAUCGGGAAACAUGUUUGUACUGUCUACUGUAUAUAAAGUGUAUUUUUAUUAACCUGAGCUUUCUAUUAUCAAGUACAGUGGGCAAGCCCUGAAAGUAAUUCCCAUAAGUAAGUAAUGUGUGUUUUUUCAAAUUUGUAUUUUUUGGAAAACCGCUCGAACCCUUGUACGGGCACCUGUUCAGUGUCUGUUUUCGUCGUUCAGACUGUGGGUAGGAAUGUGUUAACAUAAUGGGGGGUUCUGCCACUUGCUCCUGAACAGCGCAGGUUUGAAGGCCCCUACAGUCAUGGGCCAGAAGUUUCUUUUCAGUCUUCUUCCCCUAAAGACUUAUGCAAAAGGAUGCCUGUUUAUUUUGCCAUUUAUCCUUUCAUCUUUCAACAAAAAGAGUACCAAGCAGUUAAAAAAAAAAAAAAUCUUGGGUCUAGUCUCUUUCCCAUCAUACACCACCGCUACUUUUGAAAGAUGUGAAAUUUUUUCCUUCUGGUUUCGAGUUGCAGAUCAUAAGUUGUAUGGGGAGGGAGGGGUGGUAUGGAGGCAGAAUUGUGCAGGAAAUACUUCUCUCAUUUACAGAAGUUGAAUCUUUGCAAACCCUUUAGAGGAUAUGAGACCAGGCUAUAAGGUUACAAUUCCACAUUACAGUGAGUAUGUAUGUCAGGAAUCAUGAACAGCCAGUGAAAGUGUUCGCUGCCACCUGUCUCAGGAGUGGCCCCGCUCUCUGCACUAAAUCCUUAAUAGCAAUUUGGGAAAGGGGGAGGGGCUGUGUAAGAGUAUUAACCCAGUUGGAAUGUUGAGUUAAGCAUCUUGAAACUCCUGAAAAAUGUCACAGUUUUCCUUAAAGGCAUCAUAGGAAAGUACGUUAGAGGCAGAAUUUUCUUUAUUUUGUAUUUAUUCUUUCGUGAGAAUUACCUUGAACUGACUGGAGAGAACAUGGUACAUCACAUGAAAAUUUUUGACUAUUGCUCCUCAAAUUAACUAAGCAUUUAGUAGAGAAGAGGAUGUAUGUAGUCACGAGUGUCAUGAGUUAUUUAGUUGGCUUAUGAGCACAGUUACCUUUUCUUGAGUCAAACCAAAAUCCUCGUUAGAGAAGUAAUCUCCAGUGUGAAUUCAACAGGCCGUUGCAAUGCAGUGAGAUUUCGAAAUGUCGGUUAACUAUGACUUGAGCCCACCAGCUGGAAGGUCUCUCUGUGCAUUCAGGACACGUGUGGACAUUGAAAUUGAGUUGUUGUGUGGAAAUGCCCUCACGCUUCCACGCAUCAGAUUUCUGCUGCAGGGUUACGGCCCCAGAGCAGUGCAUUCUGGGAUCGCAGUUAUGCCGAGGGAUCUUAGAUGGCAGUCACACUGUUUAUAAGCAGUGUUUUGUGUUCUUGUAGCUAAUCUUUGUUUUAUUUUGGUUUACAUUUUUUUUUUUCUUCCUAGAAAUCACAGCCUCGUUAUUUAUAUGCAGUGGGUCUGCACGCUGACUAUGCGGAAAACAUCUGCCUUUUGCGCAAAGUGAUUUGGCCUUCAAGGAGUUUUGUCGCUAUUUUGACAGAUAUAUAAUGUUACCAAUUAUUUACAGUUCAGUUUCAUUCUGUCUCUCUGUAUUUAGGAUGAAAAUAAUUGAUGUAAAAAUUCACAAAAAGACAUUUUAACAUCUCCAAUACACAAACCAGAAAUAAGAGAAAAGGGUUUGUUGCAUUGUGUCAUGGUAGACUGCAUCCUAAAGUCUGCUUUCAAACUCUGGAAUAGGACUGGCCAAGGCUUUCGUGCAGAAUUAAAGUCACUUAAGAUUAGGUUGCUGCUGGCAUUGUUUGAACACACAGUUUUGGUUUUGAGAAAAAUAAUGUAAAAUGCAAUUUUAUGUUUGUUUUUUUCCCCAAGUUGAAGAGUACAUUAAUAAGAAAAACAUCUAGGGGAACAAAAAUGUAACUGUGCCUUAAAAUAAUGGAAGUCCAAAUCUAUGUGCUUCGAUUCAUUCCAUCUCUUAUUCAUUCAUGGUCAUUGAUGAAGAUAAGAUAAUCCAAAGCAAGCAUAGAUCCAGGCUAAUCAUUCUGGUUGCAUGAAACACACUCUUGGUCUACCAAGAGUCUCAGUCAUUUGUUUGUUUUAUUUACUUAUUUUUGGCUUUUUUAUAUGGCAGGGGGUGGAAUGCUGUCAUCUGUUAUAGAUGUGUAAAAUAACCAAGAUAUUCCUGAUCAAGGAUGUCCCCCAUCCCCUCUCCCCAAAUUGACAUACAAACAUCAGAAAAUCAGCCUAAUUUUUAAAUGUGAUUGGGAUGUAGUGAGAGGGACAUUCAUUUGAAUUGUAGGUAUUGAGCGUGACUAGUUUAGUCACUGUAAAUACUCUGGUACCAAUAACUCUUGUAUAUAUCCUGAAUAAUUUAUUCAUAUUUUGAAUGGUUUUGCUCACAAGAGAAAACCCAGUUUCUCACACUGUGUAGUUUUCUUCACCCUGGUACUGAAAUCGCUAUACAACAACUUUGAGGUCUAGAUAUGUUUUUUUCCUAUAUAUUAGAUAUAAAUGUAUAUUAUUUCUUUGUCAUCUUUUUUAUUUUUAUUCUUCUGUACCUGAAGAUACCAGGAUUGUACGAUGUCAUGGAAACGGGAGGAGCAGAGAUAUUUAAAGCUACAGAGAGUGGUGUUGCACAGCUGUGUCUGACUUCCCCUCCCGGCCCAGUGAGAGACAGGAAACAGACCACCACACACCCUGUUGCUUUACGUGUGGAUGGGUACACCUGUAUAUGUUGGCUUGUUUCACUGAAAUCUUGUCAUGUAAUUGGUUCAUGCAUUUGCAGCUCAACAGCAGGCUUCUGUGAAGAAAUAUGCCAUUGAUACAAAUAAUAACAGCAUUGUGGAGCAGGUUAUUUGGUUAUGCAUUGAGUCUUUUUUUUAAUUAAUAAUGAAAUGUGGUUCUUCUUUUUUUGACUGUACUUUGAAUCCUGGGAUAUGUCUCCACUUCAGAGUAUAGGAUGUUGAAUUACUUUUUUGAAAGGAAAGCAAUGCCAGAUCUUCACAUGAAUCAGUUUUUAUUUGCAGUUUGUACAUCCCUUCCCAAUGUGUAUUCAGAUUACUGUCCACAUUAAUGCCAAGGAGACAUUUCGGUCCCUGAUUUUGGUUAACUUGGCAACAUCUGGGCCCGUGUACGUGUUUUCUGUAAGCUAUGCAGCUUCGGGUCUGUACCGUUCCUGUGUAACCAUCUUUUUAUACCGUUUUACAGAAAUUUAAGAAGAAUCUCAGAAGAAUGAUUUUUGUUUUUGUAGCAAUGCGAUGUAAAAUUCUGUCGUUUCAUCUUCAGAAGUUGAAUGGGUGAGAAAUUUCAAAUUGUACUUUACAGGCAUUAUCUGCCACUUCCUGUUGUAAUCUUUAAAUGUGCAAUAAAUUAUGUUUCUAAA